GACGACUAUGAUUCGACUUAUUCUCCUCAACAUAACGUCGAGCAACUCGGUGACCAACACAGCGUCUUUAGAUCUCUUCAGUGGCAAAUACCUGGUGUUCUGAAACCCUUUCUGCGGAUUCCAACAGCAGCCACUGCAUCUACGAAACCGGCAAAUAUGACAAGAGAAGGCUUAAGUUGCAGUUGGAACGACAACGAUGAUGGUGGCCACGAAAAUCAGGUUGGGUGAGGUGUUGAAAUCCCAAAGCUAUGAGUCUUGGAAUUCCGCCGGUCUAUUUCUCUUUUCCAUUUAUUCUUGCCCAGAUCUGUGGUUCUCG